UGUAGCUCUUGAUUAAAAAAGAGUUGAUGUGCGGUAGUUCCGCACGAAUUUUUGUUUCCUUUGCCAAAAUAGAUAGAAAAAAAAAUGUUUCUCACAUCGAAUGUUUUGCUCAUUAAAAUGGCAAUGUUUAAUUGCUGGGAAAAAAAUGUAUUUUUAAUUAUUGCUCGGCAAAGUGUCGGAUCGAAUGAAAGACAUUUUUCAGCGGCAAAUAGCUCAAAUUGGCAUUUUAUGUAUAUGGUGUGUGACAGCCAAGGUCAUUGCUACAUACAUACAUGCAAACACAAAAAUCGAUAAAAAUGAUGCUCUAUUGUUGGUAUGAAGACCGCAACGCCAAAUCGGCAAAUUUUGUUUAUAUUCUGAUGUUUUUGCUUUGUCUACUGCAACCGAUUUUAAAACAAACACAUCAAAUUUGUUGGCAAACUAAAUCAUCAAACAAAAUCUCGAGCGCUCGACUCUAAUCGGAAACCAGAUAUUGCAACAACAAUGUGUACAUUGCGUCAUUUGUUUACAUCUUAAGGAAGCACGAAUGUUGUUGCUUUUUUAUCAUAUCAUAGUGUGCACAGAGGUUAUUUCAUAACAUAUUCGAAAAUAUUUCAUAACAUAUCUAAAUCAAUGAACAGUUAACUUUUUGUUUGAUUUUGGUUUCAGCUUCUCAGCUGUGCUGUUUUAAUAAAUUCAUAAAAAGUAUCGCAAAUUUGAUGGAUUUCAUAAGUUUAUUUGAUCCAAACGAUUCGAUUGAGUCGAAUAACAAUCAAAAGAAUGAUGGCUACAAUCAUGGCAAAAAGACUUUUCGAAAAAAGAACAAAAAGAAGAAGGCAACGCUACAGCAGCAAACCGAUCAAUUGCAGCAAGACGAGGACAAUGUAAAUAUUGUAUUAGAUUUUGGACUAGAUCAAUUGCCGCCAGAACCUCAACUCGGUAAUAUUGAAUACAAAUUGAAAUUGAUCAAUACAUCGUCGCAGCGCUUCGAACAUCUGGUGACACAAAUGAAAUGGCGACUGAGAGAGGGUAAAGGUGAAGCAGUUUACGAAAUUGGUGUUCUUGAUUCGGGUGUUUUACAUGGUUUGAAUAAUGCUGAUAUGGCAGCGUCGUUGGAUACACUGAAAAAAAUGGCCAAUAAAUUGGGCGCAACGACAACAAUACUUCGUCGAAAAGUCGUGUCAACAAAGCGUUCGGUGGCCGAAGUUCUGGUCCGAAAAAUACCUGACGAUCAGAACAGCAUUGAAAUACGUGUCAGUGUGGUGGGCGGUGUGAACGCAGGCAAAAGUACAUUGUUGGGCGUUUUAACGCAAGGUGAAUUGGAUAAUGGACGAGGAUCGGCUCGAUUAAAUAUGUUCCGUCAUCGGCAUGAAAUUCAAUCGGGCCGAACAUCAUGCAUAUCACACGAAUCACUUGGUUUUGAUACGCAGGGAAAUGUUAUAAAUUUGUCAAUGGAUAUGAUGACAGCCGAAGAAAUAACCGAGAACUCAAGCAAAUUGGUCACAUUUAUGGAUUUGGCCGGCCAUCGAAGAUAUUUGAAAACAACGGUUCAAGCACUAACUGGUUAUCAUCCACAUUUUUCAAUGUUGGUGGUCAGUGCCGAAGGUAUCAAUAGCAUGACUUAUGAACAUUUGGAUUUAAUUCAAGCGCUCGACAUGUCUUACUUCAUUGUUGUGACAAAAAUCGAAAACAUUUCGCCCGAUGCCACUCUGACCAAACUGAAAUCAAUCAUUGGAUCGGUUGAGUGUCGCAAAAUGCCAUUUUUGAUACAAACAAAUGAUGAUGUCAUUACGGCUGGCGCACGACAAUUUCCCGAACAAAUUGUGCCUAUCUUUUAUGUAUCAAAUGUGACGGGUGAAGGUUUGGAUUUAUUGACACGUUUCUUAUUCUUAUUAUCGCCCGGCAUUAGCAAUGCCGAAAAAGAGCGGUUGGAACAAGAACCAUGCGAAUUUAUUGUUGAUGAAAUUUUCAAAAUUAAUGGCAUUGGUUCGGUUGUCGGUGGCUUGUUGGUGAAAGGUGUUCUCACAGAAGAUACUCAAAUGCAAAUUGGACCGCUACAAGAUGGCUCUUUCUAUCCGGUUACGGUACAAUCGAUUCAUCGAAAUCGGGCACCGUGUCGAAUGGUUCGGGCAGGCCAAAGUUCAUCAUUGGCAUUUGUACAAGAUGAAAAUCUACCACCACUUAGGUCAGGCAUGAUAUUACUUCAUUCAGAUCAAUAUACACCCAGUGCUGCUGAUGUUGUCGAACCGUAUGGAUCUUGGUUCUUUCAAGCGAAAAUCUCGGUUUUGUAUCAUGCAACAGCAAUUUAUGAAGGCUUUCAAACAACCGUGCAUAUUGGAAGCAUUCGACAAACGGCGGUCGUCGAGGGAAUCAUGGGAUGCGGUAAAAUUGGAACGAAUGAACAGGCUUCAGUUCUAUUUCGAUUCAUGUGCCAUCCGGAAUACGUAAUACCUGGCCAACGCAUUCUAUUCAGAGAGGGAAAAAACAAAGGCAUCGGCUAUGUCACACAAGCUUUCCCCAUUAAUACACAGCGUGCAAAAUAAUUUUUUUUUUCUCCGAUU